GCCAAAGCGAGGAGCUGGUUGCUGGUGUUGUGCGACUCUGAACAAUAGAAGUGCCGCGGCUUGGGAACUAGCGACCGUUUGGGGUGACUUGGCAGUUGUCGGCACCACGGGACCCGGGCGCGUCCGUCAUGUUCUGCGAAAAAGCUAUGGAGCUUGUCCGCGAGUUACACCGCGCGCCGGAAGGGCAGCUGCCGGCCUUUAACGAGGACGGACUCAGACAAGUUCUGGAGGAGAUGAAAGCUUUGUAUGAACAAAACCAGUCUGAUGUGAAUGAAGCAAAGUCAGCUGGACGAGGGGAUCUGAUACCAACCAUCAAAUUUCGGCAUUGUGCUUUGUUAAGAAAUAGACGCUGCACUAUAGCAUACCUGUAUGACCGGUUGCUUCGGAUUAGAGCACUCAGGUGGGAAUAUGGGAGUGUCUUGCCAAAUAGUUUACGAUUCCACAUGUCUGCUGAAGAAGUGCGAUGUUUAAAAGACUAUGGAGAACUUGAAGUUGAUGAUGGCACUUCAGUCCUGCUUAAAAAGAAUAGUCAGCACUUUUUGCCUCGGUGGAAGUGUGAGCAGUUAAUCAGACAAGGAGUUCUAGAGCACGUGCUGUCCUGACUGUGUCCCGUGGUGACAGCGGCAGGAUGUGAAGCUAAGCCAACUCACAGAAGGACGCGUCCUCACUGGACCUCCCCGUCCUUGGUUUUAAAUUGACAGACAUGCAUUAACAUAACCAAGAUGGGCUGGGGUCCAGCUCAUUGGUAGAGCACCUGCUUAGGGUCUGAGAAGCCCAGGGUUUCAUCCCUAGUACCUCAAGAAACAAGACAACAAAAAUCAAAGAGACGACAAAACCAAGAACUCUUGGCUAGGAACAAAAUCUGCCAGCUCAUAAGCCUUUGUUACAGGUUAUCUCUCUAGUUAUUCCAUGCCCAGAGUAGUAUUGUACUCUUAUAAUUGAAAAUAAAGUCUUUGGUGUGAAUCUGUUUUCAC